CAUCCGCCUUAUAGCACUCGCCCCUCCUUCCUUGCCUCGAGCCAUCCGUCGACAAGGGUUCUCGGAGUCGAGGUCGGCAGCGUUGCGGUGGUCUUGAAUCGGGAGUAGGCAAGACCUGAGGGCCCGAUUUCUCAUUCGGUUUGGGGAAGAUCGAUUAGGGUUCGGUCGGCAAGAUGUUCGGGAGGGCGCCGAAGAAGAGCGACAACAACGGAGUUACGAGCCCCAGGGAGAUCUUUGCUUACGAUGAUGUUUUGGUAGUUUCGGACUGAAACUGGUCUACUAUCUUUUAGGGUGGGGUGGGGUGUGGUGGGGGGUUGUUGGACUAGAGGAAUGCAGCUAUAGAAGCAGAGGGUGAUGGCCCAAGCUGCAGUUGUUGAAUCUACCUCCAAUUCUUUGCCACCUGGGGCAGCCAAUUCUGGUGUGACGAAGAAGAGGAAGACCCCUUCAGAACUCAGGGGGGAACAGUUGAAGCGGAGGAAUACUCAGGUGAUUGGUGAAAAAACCUUGCCUCCUUUGCUGGCCUCAGACAGUGUAAAGAGUAAUGCGAUCAGGAGAAGCAGUAAUGCGAUCAGGAGAAGCGAACAAUUAAAAAUUCCAAGGUACAUUACUACGCGUGUCAAUGAGGUCUAUCCUGUUAAAAAGUCAAGUGAGAGAUGCAGAGUAUUUAAUGGAGAUCAGAAGGCCAAGGUGUCUUCCACUAUCAGUGGAUUUUCUAAUGAUGUUCCUAGUCCUGCUGCUUCUUUACCAGCAGAGGGCGAACCAUCGAUUUUGCGUGAAAAUCCUAGCCUCAUUAACAAAUCUGAAGGAUCUGACCAAUCCGCUAGAGACAUAAGUGAACAAGGUUUUCGGACGAUUGAAAAGUGUCGCCAAAAUGUGUUGCGCAAUGUUGUUCAGCUUCAUAUGGGAGAUGAGAAUCUUACCAAUUGUGCCAAAAUUGAUAUGGAAAAAGCACUUAGAGGGUUGGUAGCUCGUGAAAUUCCUUCCACCUCAGUUUCAUUGGCUGUCUCUUCUGGAAAAGUUGGUGGUUUUCCUACGAAUUCUUCAAGCAGUUCUUUUUCUGAAUUUGAGAUUCCAGGUUCAAGAGUACCUUGUGAUUUUACCUUAAAAACCACUCUGCGGUUGGUUUCGUCGUCCUCGGUGAAACGGUGCCACAGAUUAUGUGCAAGUCCUGCUGUCAUUGGUAUGAGCUGUAAUCCUCACAGCAGUGGUCAAAAUUUAGACUGUACAUCUGAAAACACCACCACCGAGGUCAAAUACUCAAAAUCAUUGCAUUCAUGGGUAUAUCCUCAAUCUUCUCUGCCAGCUUCUGUCAUGUCCAUGUUUGUGUCAUCAGCUGCAAAAGGAGAUUCAAAAUUUUUGUUGAAAAGGCAGCAGGAUUGGGAAGAUUCAUUUCGUGACCUUUACUAUAUGCUCAGAAAGAACAUAUGUAACAUUUUUUAUGUUUGUACUAUGCAGUUUGUGGUUUUGUUUCUUGGUGGCAAAUUUUUGGGGAAAAAGAGGCAUUCCUGCAAUGCUUACCUAUCACGGUCCACAUGUGGUUUGCGAUCCUUGCUCAGAGAACAUAGUGUAAGUUUUGCUAUGCCACUUUGUCAUGCUGAAGUGGAACAAGCUACUGAGGAUGACUUGGUUGAACUUAUGGAAAUUGAAAAGCGAAACUUGGGCCAGGCGUUCCAUUUGGAAUCUUUGUCCGAUGUGGACAACACUCCUCAAUCCGUCCUCUCGUUUAGUGGAAAUAAGCAAGUGCAUGCCUUGUAUGAUUUCUUGUUAAAUUAUAGGUUUUUUCUGAAUUCCUUUAAUGGUUGUGAUAUUCCUGUGUUACAUGCACCUGUCCCUUUCCUGAAUGCCUCUUUCCAUGUUCCGGAGGUGAGAUGCAAGGAGAUUAGGAAAGCUGAUAUGGUCAUUCCUUCUUCAUGUGGGUCAGAUACUGAAGAUUUUGAAACCAUUUCUGGUUCAUCUGCUAGAGGCAUUUGUUACAGCAUCGAAAUAAAAGAUACAGUUCUUCCACCAUGGAUUGUCUGUGGUAUCUGUGCAGCAAUGAGCUCUGAUGGGAGGAGUUUUGAGUCCACCUUUACCACUGAACCUAUGUCAGCUGGCUUAAAUGUGGCCCUCAACUGUUUAUGCUGCGACAAUGAUGUGCCCAAGCAGUCGAUUAACCCCUCAGUGGAUACUGAUGAUGCAUUAGGCAUUCCUGAUGCUGUUUUGAUCCCUGGUCUCAGUGGAGCAUCGCUAAGGCGUCUCAAAUACACUGAUGGUGCUUUUAUUGCUAACAUCACACCAACAUGAUCAUUGGCAAUUGCAUGUAUUUGCUGUACAUGAUCAAUGUUCUCGCUAAAGCGGCUUGUAUUCCCCAGUGAACUUGCUUAGUUUUUGGAGAGCCCACAUGUUUGUGGCUCGUGGUAGAAAUUGUGAAGCGGCUAGCUGUCUCACCUAGAGUAGCUUUUUGAUGAUCCAUUAUGUUGGAAAUUUUAUGCUGGACUCCUCUCUCUUGCUGCAUGUGUCUGCCGCUUGGAUCUAUUCAAGCAAGCCUGCUGCUGAAAAGACGAUGUUGGUAUGGCUGGCUGGUCAGUCUGUCUUAUUACCAUUUUAACAAAUCUUGAUUCUGAGUUAAUUCUGAAGUCUUAUGGCAGAUGUCUUAAUGUUGUCAAAUUCUUUUUCUGCAGUAUAGCGGCGUGGUCAGUCUAUUAUGUAUCCAGAUGAUGUUUGCUUGAUUAAAUUUUAAGCAAGAAUCAUUCUCCUUGUC